AUGGUAAAAGCCUAUUUUGGAUAUAAAUUUGAGACUCUAUUCGGUAGUAUUGGUAACAAUGGAGGAGUAAUAAUAAAUGAUAUAGCAUAUACAAUAGUAGAUUAAUAUAUACUUUUGUUAAAUAUCAAGACACAAGAGAUUAUUUAAUAAAUUAUAAUUGAAGGUAAGAAUAUAAAAAUAACAAAAAUUGCUAUUAAAGACAACACUUUAGCAAUAGGAUAUCAUGAUGGUGAAAUAAUAGUAUAUAAUCUGAUUGAUAAAGAAAUAUAAUGCAGAUUUUUUAACCAUUAAAGUGAAAUAACUUAAUUAGUAUUUUUAAGUGAGGCUGUUUUAAUAAGUGGUAGUUGUGACACAUCUAUUAUUGUUUGGGAUUUAGCUGAUUAAUCAUUAUAAUUUAGAUUGAUAGGACACUCAAACUAAAUUACUGCUUUAGAAAUAAUUAGCCUUGAAGAUUAAAGUCUGGCAAUUACUUAAUAAUUUAUUGUAUCAGGUAGUAAAGAUGGAUUAGUAAAAAUAUGGGAUUUGAAUCUAGAAUGUUCUGUAGCUACUCUAUCAAGUAUGCAUAGUGAAGUCACAUGUUUAUGUAUUUAUGAAAAUUAUUUGCUUAUUUGCACUAAUUCUGAUGAAGUUCUAAUUAAAUCAUGUUAAUUAAUAUCAGGCAAAUGUUAGAUUGAAAAUGAUGGCAUUAUUAAAAGAUAAUCUUUUAUUAGAGCAAUACAAUGCCAAUAUGUUCAAUCAAAAUUAUUGAUUUUAAGUAAAAGUUUAAAAUAAUUUAGAUAAUGAAAAGAAAAUUGAAGUAUAUAAAUCAAAAUAAGGAAAAAAAUUGCAAAAAGCUGAAAACUUUAGUUAAUCAUUAAUUUAUAGCACUGUUAUAUCUUAAUUAAAUAAGAUUGUAUAUUUUUAAGCUAUAGUAUUCAAAAAUUUAUUAAAAAUAUUUAUUUUCACAUCAGAUAAUUAAAUAGUAAUAAAAGAAUUAAAUAAUGAUAAUGUGGAUGAAAAUAAUAAUGUAGCUAUUUAAUAGAUUACAGGAUAAAUAAAAUAAAUUAAAUUAACAUAGAAUGAUCAUAAAUUAUUAGUAAUAGCAUCAAAUAAAUGCUAUUAAUUUGAUAAUGAAACUGCUUAAUAAAUUAAUAGUCUUACUAAUACAAGUAAUUUAACAUCUUUAUGUAUUUUACCAAAAAAUAAAUAUUUUAUGGUUGGAGAUGAGUAAGGAAUCUUAUAUUUAGUUGAUAUGAAUUAAAAUGAAGUAAUAUUUGAAUAAAAAAUUCAUAAUUCAAAUAUUAAUAGUAUUGAAUGCCAUGAAAAUUGUAAGGCAUUUAAUGGUUUAGUAAUAAUGACAACUGAAAUAGAUAAAAAGGUAAACUUUGUAGAGUUAUUUUAUAAUAAAACUUAAAAGUGUUUAGAAUUCUAAGUUGUUAAUACUAUCUAUUUAAAAGAAAAUAUUAGAAGUGCUUAAUUUUCUUAUGAUGGUAAUUAUUAUGCAUUUGCACAAAUGAAUAAUAUUGUAUCAAUCUAUUAUUGUGAUUCUCAUAAAUUAUAUCUUGAAUUAUAUGGACAUUCAUUACCUGUUUUAACUUUUGCCUAUACUUCAGAUGAUACAAUAAUUAUUUCAGCAGGUGCAGAUAAAAGUAUUAAAUUAUGGGCAACUGAUUUCGGAAAUUGUAAGAAAACUCUAAAAGCACAUACUGCUGAAGUUAUUUAAAUAAAAACAGUAAAUGAUACUCACUAUUUCUUUAGUGGAUGCAAAGAUAAUGUAAUUAAAUAUUGGGAUGGAGAUACAUAUUAAUUAAUAUUAUAAUUUAAUGAAGCAUUAGUAGGAAUAUAAUCAAUGGUUGUUGGAUGUAUUGGAGAUUUGUUUUAUUCAGCAACAAAAAAUGGAGUUAUUAGGAAAUAUAUUUAAACCAAAGAAUAAAUAUUUGUUUCAGAAGAAGAAGAAAAGAGAAUGUAAGAAUAAUUAAUGUAGGAAUUAUAAAAUAAAAAUAAAUAAUAAACUGGAUUUGAUUAAGGAUAAGAUUAAGUGAAAAAAGAUUUAACUUUAGUUUAAAUUGGAUAAUAAAAGUUAUUAGAAACUGAAUAAUUAAUGGAUAUUUUGGAAAAGAUUAAAUAAUAUAGAGAAACUAUAGAAUUAGGUGAAAUUCCUAAUGAAGAUCUAUUUUAUAAUAAAAAUGUUACAGAAUAUUUAUUUGAUAAUCUCUAAAAUUCAGACUUAAGUUCUCUUAUGAAAUUUCUACAUCAUCAACAUUUAGUAACUUUAAUUAAUGAAAUGAAUUAAGAUUUAGCUUUAAAAUAAUAUCCAAUAAUCAUUAAUAAAUUAAUAACUUAUAUCUUUAAUAAGAUUGAUGGAUUUGGAUUCAAUUCACAUGAAAUAAUGAUGAAAGUACUAAAUAUUAGAACUUAAUUGUAAAUUUAUUUUAAGAAAGAGAAAAAGAUUGCUGGAUAUAAUCUUGAUAUUCUUAAUUUAAUGAUAUAAGACAUUAAUAAAAACUAGGAUGAUUUUGUUUUUGAAUGA